AAACCCAUCCAUGAAGGGUGAGAUAUAUAUAUAUAUAUAUAUAUAUAGGGAUCCUUGCAAUUGAUAAGUGAAUAAAGCUAAGGUGACCAGUGUAGUAAACAAGUACAUAUACAAACCACAUAUAAACCAGAUCAGCAAGGUAAAUGGCAUCACUGGAGGCACUUCGCGGGAGGUUGCAGAAGGAUAUCGAUCUCAAAUCGAGUGCCACCGGGUUCUAUCAGUUGUUUAGGAAGGAGUCCCACAAGGUACCCACAGCUACGUCACGAAACAUUCAGGCAGUCGCACUUCAUGAAGGUGAUUGGCACACCCAUGGAGCAAUCAAGAUCUGGAACUACACCAUCGAUGGAAAACCAGAAGUGUUCAAGGAGAAGGUGGAGUUUGAUGAUGCCAACAUGACUUUUUACCUCCACGGCCUCGAGGGAGAUCUUUUCAAGGAUCUCAAGGUCUACAGGCCCAUAUGGAAGAUUGUCCCGAAGAACAAGGGCUCCGUGGCGAAGAUAGCCUUAGAGUAUGAGAGGAUGAAUGAGGAUGCACCAAUUCCAAACAACUACAUGGACUUCAUGGUCAGCUUGACUGAGGAUGUCGAUGCCCAUGUCAGCGCAGCACGGGCAUGAUAGGAUGUCGUACCAUCAAUGUAUUGUGUUUACGAUGUUUCUCUACGUAUUUUCGUUCUGCUGUAUCUCUAUUUGCGAGUGUGUGAGCAGUACUGUGUUUGAAAUAACUGAAAGCUUUCUACGGCAGCUUUCUACUCUCUGGCAUGAAUAAAAACUGAAUGAUAUUUGCUUAAUCGCCA